GUACCCUGGAGGAUCCGCCUGUCGUUGAUCCCUGGUUCCCUUAUAGUCAUGCAAGAUGCCUCCGCCCCUGAUGCCGAGCCCCCAUCGUGGCCCUCUAAGAUGGCAGCUGCUGCCAAUAACGAUUCUCUGAAUAACAUGCACGUCAUUGCCCCCCAGACCCCCGCUCCGACAACGGCAGCGUUCUUAUCGGAUGACUGGGAGUCCCCACCGCCUGGUGAUGAUACACCGGUUUCCAAUCAAGUGAUUCGGAUGCUGUCCGGGGCGAGAGCCGUUCUACGGAGCUAUUCGGCUGCCCCUGCUGGAGGCCUCGUCGCUACUGGUUUGGUCAUUGAGUAUGGCACACUCGGGGCCCUUGGUCGUGAUCUGCACCAGUUGGUUCGAAUGGCUGAGUGGAUCUACCAGGCGAGGAUG